ACAUUCAACUGAGGCAGGAACAAUAUCAUAAGAAAUUGAAUACAGUUUGCGGUAAGAGAGACUAAAGUUCACAUUACAUUUUUAUCAGCAAAAUUUUGUUUUCUCAGACUUUUUCAAGAUAAAUUUACCGAUUGUGUAUGCACUUUUUGACUCAUUACAUAAGAAAACAAUUUUAUUUUUGUUUCCUCGGCGAUAAUAAAAUAUUAAUCGAGUCAACAUUCGCAAUAUUAUUCAUUCUAAUUCGGUGUUGGAAUAACCAUUUUUUGUUUAUAUUUUUGGUACCGAAAAGACAAAAUGACACGAGAGUUGGACGUUAUAAUCUUCGGGGCUACUGGUUUCACCGGUAAAUACACCGUACUGCAUGCGGUUAAACUGUUAGCCGAUUUAAAAUGGGGCAUUGCGGGUAGGAGUCAACAAAAACUGGAAUCCGUUUUGAAGGAAAUCGGUAAAAAGGCAGAUACAGACCUGUCCAAAAUUCCGAUCAUCAUCGCUGAUGUAGGUGAUGAGUUAUCACUGGAGAAAAUGGCUCGUCAGGCUAAGAUUGUCGUCAACUGUUGCGGUCCGUAUCGGUUUUAUGGUGAAGCAGUGAUUAAGGCAUGCAUUAAAGAAUCAACCCAUCACGUCGAUGUCAGUGGAGAGCCUCAAUUUAUGGAACGAAUGCAACUCGAGUACAAUGAAUUGGCUCGCGAAAAUGAAGUGUACAUUGUAUCAGCUUGUGGCUUCGAUUCCAUUCCGGCGGACCUAGGAACGGUGUUCUUCGAAAAAACAUUUGAUGGACAAGUCAAUGCCAUCGAAUCAUUUAUGUGGUUCAAAUACAUUGGUCCGGGUACACCGGAAAAAGGAGCAGCAUUGCAUUAUGGUACAUGGGAGUCAGCUGUUUAUGGUUUAGCCCAUGCUAAUGAGCUGAGAGGUCUGCGAUCAAAACUGUUUAAGGAAAGACUACCAGUGAUUGGACCGGUGAUGAGAGAAAGAUCACCCUACACCAGUUAUCCGGUUGGUGGUAAGAAUACAUAUUGCUUACCAUUUCCCGGUGCGGAUAGGUCAGUCGUGAUGAGGUCUCAGCGAUUGAUGUUCGAAGAGGAAAAAAAGGCUCCAGUUCAAAUACGAAACUACUUCACCGUAAAAUCUUUUUUGGAAGUUCUAGUGUUAUUCAUAACAGCAGGACUGUUCGCACUACUGACUAGAUUUGCGUUCGGCAGACAAUUAUUGCUAACGUAUCCAAAAUUAUUUUCCUUUGGAGCCGCCAGCCAUGAGGGACCUCCGGAGCAGAAAAUGAACAACACUCAAUUCAUAUUUCUAUUCAAAGGCAACGGUUGGAAUGAAAGAUCAUCUGAUUACAAAGUCAGACCGAAUGGUGAACCGGUUAAAAAGCAUGUAACCAAAGUGACAGGCAUUAAUCCUGGAUAUGGCGCUACUUGUGUAGCUUUACUAUUAUCUGCUACUACAAUUCUAAACGAAAGUUCUCAGAUGCCCGGAAAAGGAGGAGUUCUUCCACCGGGCUAUGCUUUCGGCAAGACGAAUUUGAUCGAGAAUCUAUGUAAAAAUGGCUUUACUUUUGAAGUGAUGGAAGCUGAUAAUGCUGGCGAUUCCGACGCAAAGAAGAGUUUGUAAACUUAAUAUGGGGUCUAGACGGAGGCUGUUGAUUUUUUUAGCAAGAAGUUAAUACAAUCGCACACAAUCACUAAAAA